AUGAGCACUGAGGAAGAAACACAGGUUGAAGAACAAUCAGUAGCAUCUACAGUUACGAAAGUUGAUGAUUCUCAUGGUAGAUCAUCACCACUUCGAGAAUUAGCCGCCGAGUGGCGAACUGAGAAAUAUAUUGCAAAAGUACAGAAGGAAACAAUUAAAAGUGAAGUAUUAUGCAAGAUAAAGGAAACUACUGAAUUAAUUAAGAGUUUCAACUCAUGUAACGAAAAGCAAAAUAAUUCUAAAGGAACUGUAGUUGAAAUUUUCGAUUGGGAAAGUCUAUAUGACAUAUCAUCCGGCAUUAUUGAUAAUUAUACAAGUAAUGUUGAUUCUAUAUUAAAUGAAUUAGAUCAAUUAUACCGUAAACAAGGUGUAUGGCAAGAGGCGGCAUUUAUAAUGGAUUCUCAUCGAGGUGCAGCAGCCAUCAGUAAGGCAGAAGAAUGGAUGACAUUGAAAGAAGACCAUUUGAAACAUAAAAGUUCUGAGUUAGAAAAAUUUGCUAAAGAUAUAGGAACUACUUUGGAAAGAUUGAGUUCUGAUAAAUAA